AUGGCUAAAGAACGUGGUGAUUUAUUAUUCCCAAGCAUCGAAUCCGAAAAACGUAAACAUAAAUUAAAGAGAUUGGUCCAAGCACCAAACUCCUUCUUUAUGGAUAUCAACUGUCACGGUUGUAGAACCAUCACUACCGUUUUCUCACACGCCCAAAACGUUGUCAUUUGCAGUUCAUGUUCAACUGUUAUUGCUCAACCAACUGGUGGUCGUGCUAGAAUCACUGCCGGUUGUCGUUUAAGACAAAAAUCCGACUAA